GAACGAUAGGGUUUUUGGGAUUUUAGGUUUAUUCCCCUACUCGAAAUCAAACGAAAAUGGCGAAUCUCCUCUCUCACGCCCGUCGCCGUGCCUUCAGCAUCAAUCGAUCUCAAACCCUAGCUUUCCUGCGAUCCUUUUCUUCACCUUCCCCAUCUCAAACCUUAGCAUCGUCGUUCCGGCGGCCGUGGACUCUCGAGGACACAAGGUUCGUCAACGGCGUGCCCUCAUUCAAGGUUGCUUCUCUGUUUGGGGCUUACAAAAAGUUCUGUACUUAUGAGGCGCGAGAAAGUGAAGGCGUUAUCCCGUCGGAGUUGUUAACGAGUAAAAAUGCGACGGCACCUAAUCGAAAUAUAGGAGAAUAUGCUGACCUAGUAACGAGAGUGACCAACUUUCAAAAUGAGGACAAGGGUCUCAUUGUCUUGGCUGGUGAUGUUUUUGAUGUGCCCAUUAGGAAGGAUAUAAUUCACCGAGUUGUGCGAUGGCAGCUUGCCAAACGACAGCAGGGGACUCAUUCGACUAAAACAAUAAGUGAAGUCAGUGGUACUGGGAAAAAGCCCUAUAAUCAGAAGGGAACUGGAAGAGCAAGGCAUGGGACAUUGCGUGGUCCACAGUUUAGAGGUGGUGCCGUUAUGCAUGGGCCUAAACCACGUAGUCAUGCAAUCAAGCUGAACAAAAAGGUCCGGCGACUUGGACUGAAAAUUGCUUUAACAGCUCGUGCAGCAGAAGGCAAGCUUUUAGUUUUUGAGGAUCUUGAAGUUCCGAACCACAAAACAAAGAACAUAGUAAAUUAUGUUUCUCAGAUGGAGGAGACAAAGAAAGUUCUGUUGGUGGACAGUGGUCCUAUAAGCGACAACCUGAAGCUUGCCACUGGAAAUCUCCAUUAUGUGAAUGUCCUUCCUUCAAUUGGUCUGAAUGUUUACAGCAUCCUUCAACAUGAUACACUUGUCAUGACUCGGGAUGCAGUAGAUCGGAUUGUCACCAGGAUGCAUACCCCUAUCAAACGAUGAUUGAGGUCACUGAACAUGAGAAAGAGAGUUUUAUGAUCAACCUGGUGUCAGAAGAAA